UUCAACGAGUUUCUUAGUUGUGUCCAUAAACUACAAAGUUUUUUGGUACUAAGGCCUUAAUUAUUGUUAUUAUUUUAUGUACUAACAAGUAUUAAAUAAGAGGGUAACCAUAUCUUAACCUCUUACAGAUACAUUGCAAAAAAAUUGAAGAAAUAUGUCAUCACGAUCGCGAAGAAUUAUGAACCUUCUUAAUGUUUCACAUCUACCUGAUGAAUGGGAAAACAGUUGCGAUAAGGACCCAAACGUCAGCAAUGAAGAAAAAGAGAACAUCCCUUUAAGUUCAACAUCAAAACGUUCGUCGAGAUCGUCAUCUAGUAGUUCCAGUUCGUCUUCUAGCGUCAACAGUAGCAGUUCGUCAUCUUCUAGCAGCAGCUCUUCCUCUCGAUGUUGUUCACUGGAACAAGGACGAUUUGUUUCCCAUAUCUUAAAAGGUAAAGAAAUUGAAGCCCAGCCUCAGUCUUUAUCAUCUAGAACUACUUCACCUUCAAUACUAGAAUCCGUAAUUUUAACACCACGAACUCCAGCUGUACAUUACCGUAUAUCGCCAAUGAAUUCAGAAGAGAGUGAUGCUGAUAUUAGUGACAAUGAUCCCACUUAUAAUGAACAUCAAGGUAGAAAACGUUCGCCAAGCUCAUCUUCAAGUUCCUCUGAUGAUGGUACUUCUGAAGUAGUUGCAACAUCGCCCAGGAGAUCGAAGAAACGUAAAGCUGAUCCUACUAAAUGGAAGCAAAAUAACCAAAAGAUAAAACGAAAUGCAGGAGAACAAUACAUUUCUACUAAGACUAGAAACGUUGUUCCUGCGCGGCAAAUGAAGAGUCCAUGCAAUCAGAAAUGCAGAUUGAAAUGCAGCGAAAAUUUUGAUGAGGCUAAAAGACUUCAACAUUUCAAAUGUUUUUGGGCACUAGGAGAUUUGCAAUUACAGCGUAUGUUUAUAAAAGCAAGAAUGGCUUUAGUUGAACCUAAAUAUAAGUAUUCAAACGCUCAACAUCCCAGAGCACCAAAUGCUGCUUUCUACUUGUACGAUGAUAACGCCAAAAUCAGAGUCUGCAAAACAUUUUUUAUCAAUACGUUGGGAAUAACAAGUAAAAUGAUUCGCACAGUAAGAUAUAAGACUAACAAUUGCAAUUCUGUUGAAGAAGAUAGAAGAGGCAAACAUAAUAGUCAUAGACGCGUGGAUGACAAUCUGAAAGAAGAUAUCAUUAGAUUUAUCAAUCUAAUACCACGAAUUGAAUCGCAUUAUUUAAGAGCGUCGACCUCGAGAGUGUUCAUAAGUGGAUCGAAAAGUAUUACUGACUUGUUUAGAGACUUUCAAGAAAAACAGAAGAAUAAUUCCCGAGAUUCUGGAAAGUUUCAUUUGUUUUAUGAGAUUUUUACUACCCAUUUUAAUUUGGGUUUUUUUCAACCCAAGAAAGAUCAAUGCGAUCUUUGUUUACAGUAUAACAACUCUUCUGCUGAUCAGAGGCUUGCUCUCAAAGUCAAAUAUGAUACUCACCUAGAAGAAAAGGAAUUAAGCCGAGCAGAAAAAAAGAAUGAUAGAAUGACUCUUGACAAAUAUAAUUUAUGCGUUUGCUACGAUGUUCAAGCGAUAAUGCAAAGUCCCAAUGGAGAAACAUCAUCGUUUUAUUAUAAAUCCAAAUUGAAUAGCUACAACUUUACUUUGACUGUGUUAAAUAAAUUACCAGAGAAUGAAGACGAUUUUAAAGGCUAUGGUGACGUGCAUUGCUAUUUCUGGGAUGAGACCCAAGGAAAAAGAGGUGCAGUGGAGAUUGGAAGUUGCGUUUUAGAUUUUUUAAAGAAGGUUUGUGAGGAUGCAGGUGAACAUGAAGUUAACGUAACAUUUGUAACAGAUAAUUGUUGUGGCCAAAACAAAAAUAAAUACAUAGCUUCUUUAUACAUGUUUGCAGUCACUACUAUAAAAAACUUAAAGGGCAUAACUCACAAAUUCCUUAUAAAAGGUCAUACGCAAAAUGAAGCCGACAAUGUACACAUGCUGAUACAGAAACAAAUAUCAAGAGAUUUAAAAGCUGGUCCAAUCUUAACACCACUUCAAUACACCACCGCAAUUCAGAGAGCUAGGAAAACGGGGAAACCUUUUAUCGUUCAUACUUUGAAUCAUAAUUUCUUUUACGACUUGAAAGAUUUACAAGUCAAGUGGGGAUAUAAUUUCAACGUUGACGAAGAGAAGAAUACCAUCAAGAUUAUCCACUACGGAUAA